CUGGGUCACAUGGUUUUCACACUGAUCGCCACUCGAAACAGAGCAGAAAGCCGUCGCGCACACGCCUGGACUGGAGCUCCGCCACAGUGGAUGUGACUCUUUGGCAGGAACGAGUGAACACUGCACAUUUGAUCGUCGUUGGAGCCGCUCUCUGAGAAGCUGUCGCCUCGGCCUGACACGAACAUUUUCUGGUAGUUUUAGGGGGAAAGUACAUCUCCACCGGGCUGCUUGUAAACCCGACCGUAGCGUAUACGGUCUGAACUAGGCUUCUGUCUUUGGUUCAAACUUAAAGACGGUUAGUUUCUCUUACCGGGACCAAUCAGCGACUUUUCAGUUGCUGAACACUAAAACUGAAAAAACGGCUUUGGCACUAAGGUAGCAGAGGAGGAAACCCCCAGACUCACAGGACAUGGAGUCCACCAAAGCUGGAGGCGUAAUAGCAUACAUCAGCUCGUCCAGCUCCGCCUCCAGCCCAGAGUCGUGUCACAGCGACUCCUCCAAUGGCAGCUAUCAGUCAUCCUCCCCACCCCGCGGGUCCCCGCCUAGCCACGGACAGCUGAGGCAGCCGCUCAACCCCACGAUGGCCGCAGGAGGCCAAAACCUGCCACGGACUCAGAAAGGUGGACGCUCGUCGUCCACAGCAAAGACUGGUAUCACAAAAAUCAACGGCCUGGUGCUGCUCUGUAAAGUGUGUGGUGACGUGGCCUCUGGAUUUCACUAUGGUGUCCAUGCCUGUGAGGGCUGCAAGGGCUUCUUCAGGAGGAGCAUCCAACAGAACAUCCAGUACAAGAAGUGCCUGAAGAACGAGAGCUGCCCCAUCAUGAGGAUCAACAGGAACCGCUGCCAGCAGUGCCGCUUCAAGAAAUGCCUGCUGGUGGGCAUGUCCAGAGACUCUGUACGCUUCGGCCGGAUCCCUAAGCGAGAGAAACAGCGCAUGCUGCUGGAGAUGCAGAGCGCCAUGAACAACAUGAUGAACAACAGCCAGCUGCAAAGCCAGCUGUACAGCAGCCAGAGCCUGCCCAUUGUUAAACCGCUGCCAGCCAGCGCCACCGAGCCUACCUCAGACGAUGCCGUCCCCGCCCCCUCCUGCUCUCCUUCCUCCUCACCUCACUCCAGCCAAUCAGACUCCAGCUUAGACCCAGAACCCGCCGCAUCGAUGGACACCAGCCCCAGCUCGGCCUCGCCCAGCGCAUCGGACAGCAGCGAGGAGGAGGUGAUCGGCUCGGUGACCAGGGCCCACCAGGAAACCUUCAUGUACAACCAGGAGCAGAGCAGCCUGCCAUCCCAGGCCUCGCAGCCCGUUAGCAACCUCGGCUGUGGCCUCGCCAAAAACCCCACCGACAACCAGACGGAGGAGCGGCAGGACACCUGGGACCACUGCAAGAGCCCGGUCACGGUGGCCGCACGGCACUCCACCUCGAGCCUUGACCCCCAGGGUCAGAAGGAGGUCAACCAGUGCCCCUUCAGGCUGUCCAGGACGGCUGCCACCAGCCACUUUCCAGCAUAUACACAUGGAGCUUUCAGGGCACCGUCCACAGAAGGCUCCACCAAUGGAUCGUGCAGCAUCGCCCUGUGGAGAGGAGGCAACAGGAUGCAUCUGGUUUGUCCGAUGAACACUUCGCCUCACGUGGACCCUCAGAAGUCCGGCCACGAGGUGUGGGAGGAAUUCUCCCACAGCUUCACCCCGGCGGUCAGGGAGGUGGUCGAGUUUGCCAAGAAGAUCCCGGGCUUCAGAGAGCUUUCCCAGCAUGACCAGGUCAGCCUUUUGAAGGCUGGCACUUUUGAGGUGUUGGUGGUUCGGUUUGCCUCGCUGUUUGACGUGAAGGACCGCACUGUCACCUUUCUUGGAGGGAAGAGGUACAGCGUGGACAGUCUGAGGGCCCUCGGAGCCGGGGACCUGCUCAACUCCAUGUUUGACUUUAGUGAGAAGCUCAUGAACCUGGGUCUCAGUGAGGAGGAGAUGAGCCUGUUUACUGCUGUGGUUCUGGUCUCUGCAGAUCGAUCUGGCAUCGAGAACGUGAACUCCGUGGAGGCCCUGCAGGAGACGCUUAUCCGCGCCCUGCGGAGCCUCAUCACCAAGAACCACCCCAACGAGGCCUCCAUCUUCACCAAACUGCUGCUCAAGCUGCCCGACCUGCGUUCCCUCAACAACAUGCACUCUGAGCAGCUGCUCGCCUUCAAGGUCCAUUCCUGAACUUUCCUCGAAGUACUUGACGCCCUCCGCCCUCACUUCACCUGAAAACAUUGCACCCGAGACAAAAGCAGCCCUAAAGGCCACCUGGAGCACGAGCUCCACCCGACCACACCUGCACGGGCCUUUGGGUUUAGCUCUUUGUCUAAAAAAUAAAAUAAAAGUGGAAGUUGUACUGUAGGGCAUGACGGCCUGUGUGAUGGUUAUGCAGACGCACAGACACUCUGACUGGUGUACAUGUCUCUCGUGUUUGUGUGUAGCAGCUGUACAAAGAUUAGAUGCACUUUCCUGUAUAGUGUCGAUGGUAUUUUUGCAUUCAUAGUGCAAUAUGUGACUGCUUCUGGGUCUGAACAGCAGAACAAAGAGUCUAAGCGUUUCCCUGCGGUGGCGUACGUUAAAUUGAACUGGUGCUGCUGUCGUGGGAUGAAAAACAGGCUCGAGAUAAAGUUCUCUUUAAAAGCAGCUGAAACUGAGGAGUCUGUGCAGGAGAGCUGUUUUCAGCUGGAGCAGCAGGGAAAUCUGAACGCGCUGUCUUUGGACAGAUUUGGGAAGCAGACACUUAAUUUCAUCCACAUGUGUUCGUGCCAUGAUUUGUGUUUGUGUUUUGUUCUAAAUUAUUUGGGCAUUGUGACAAAUCGAACGUGUCAGAGUCUCUUUCUGUGCUGAGAUCAGUAUAAAUGAAGACUGAAGCGAUGAAAUGAAACUGUGGACUUUCCCUUCUUUCUCUCGUGACAUCUCCAAGAGUCUGGACAGAAAUGUCACCUCGUAGUCACCAGCAGCGUCUGCACGCUUCAUUACACGUCUUUACUUUUUUUACAGACUCUGUUCUUUAGCUGAGUACAGUUACAUGUAUGAUAUGACGAUUUCACAUAA